GGUUUUAGGGCUCUAGCUCCUCUGCUCAAAGACUUCGUCGGGCCCGGCUUGGCGCAUGCCGCUCGCGCCUUCUGGAUGAACAAGUAAACAAAUUCCACCGGACAGCGACCUGUUCUAGGCGAUUCGCGAGGAUAUAAGCUUCCAGGGGUGGCACUUCUUCCAAGAACCCGGCCGGAUCCAAAACCCUCUUGCAGCAGCGCGGCCUGCGAUCGAUCAGGUUCCCGAUAUUUCGAUCUUCCUUGCUCGAUUCACCGAUCAGGUUCGCGAUAUUCCGAUCUUCCUUGCUCGAUCCAAGCGCCCGAGAUAUUCCAUAGCGUUCGAAAUUUCGUGGCGAUCCAUCGAGCAAUGGCCUCGGCAACAGCAAGAAUGGCGAUAUUUAUCUCGAUCCUUGCCCUCUCGGCGCUCAUCGCUCCAUCCGCGGCCCAGCAGUGCUUGCGGCAGCUCACGAUCGCGAACACGCAGUCGAGCUUCAUGCAGUGCCAGAGCCUGUCGCAGGGGGCGACGAUCGCCUGGACCUUCAUCGCCGAGAACCGGACCCUGGAGAUCGCCUUCUCGGGCUCUCUCCCCAGCGCGUCCGGCUGGGUGGGCUGGGGCUACAAUCCAAGCCGAGCGGGGAUGGACGGGGCCUCGGCGCUCAUCGCUUUCAGCAACGCAUCGGGCAGCCAUCUCAUGCUCUACAGCCUCACGGGCUCGCGGCAGGCUAUCUUGAGGAAUUCCACCACCGACGUGACCGUCCUCGCCCAGGCCGUGGAGAUCCAAGGCACCACCGCGAGAUUCACCGCGCUACUCCGCCUCACCAGCCCGAGUAGCAACAUCUUCCACAUCUGGAACCGGGGGAGCCAGGUGAAUGGCGACGCUCCACAAGCCCACGCUCUGGACCAAGCCUCCACGUCCUCGGCCGGGAGCCUCGAUCUCGCCACUGGCGCCGCGAGCUCGGCCGGUAUCCCGCGGCUCCACCUCCGGAACGCGCACGGCAUCCUCAACGCUAUCGGCUGGGGGAUCCUCCUCCCGAUCGGUGCCAUGUCCGCGCGCUACCUCCGAUCGUUCGAGUGGGCCGAUCCAACUUGGUUCUACCUCCACGUCGCCUGCCAGACGCUGGGAUACAUCCUCGGGGUGGUGGGCUGGGCGAUCGGGCUCCGCCUGGGAUCCGACUCGGUUGGAGUGAGAUACAACACGCACAGGAACAUUGGGAUCACGAUGUUCGUGUUUGGGACGCUCCAGGUGUUCGCGAUCGUGCUCCGGCCGAACAAGACGCACAGCUACAGGACGUUUUGGAACGCCUACCACCACGGCAUUGGCUACGCCACGAUCGCGCUCGCCAUCGCCAACAUCUUCAAGGGAUUCGACAUCCUGGACCCGGCCAAGGGAUGGAAGAACGCCUACAUUGGGAUCAUCAUCGCGCUGGGCGUCGUCGCGCUCAUCCUCGAGGCCGUGACUUGGGCGAUCUAUUUCCAGCGGCGGAGAAGCAAAUCGUCGUCCUCGCCCGUGAAGAACGCGAGGAACUCGUCCAAUCCUUACGCGCAGGAGCCGCAGUUCAACGCUCACGGUAGAGUGUGAUCGAAACUUGGUUUGUAUGCUUCUCCCUUUUUGUUAUUGUCUUUUCUCUCUGUGGCUGUAGCUCUAGAUCGAUUUAUUCGCGAUUUUUUCUCUAUGACUGGAUCUGCGCUAGCUUGAUGGUCGUUUUCUUUGAACGAUUAAUCGAAGUUGGCCAGUUCAGUCACGCACAUUUUCUAUAUCUAUAAAACCUACAUUUUUAGUG